AUGCACCCUACGACGUCGUCCAUCCCACACUGUGACGGUGGUCCUCUGAAACGUCCUCGUUUUGACUUGGGCCAUGAUAUGCAGAGUUACGUGUCACGGGAUACCAGAACUAUUGGCUCAAAUUCUGGCAUGUAUCUGCGGAGAGUGCAAACGCCUUCUUUGCCAUCUAAAGGAGUUGGUCGAUUUAAUGGUGUUGGUGGCAUGGGAAGACCAGGUGGUCACAAUCUGUACAUGCCUGGGGUUGGUGUAGUUUUUCCUCCAGAUUUUGGGAGAAAUGGUACUCGAGCUAUUGGUUUUGGUCAACAAGAUUUAGCUGGUUGGCCUAGUAGGGAGCGCCUUCCUCUACCUCCCGAUGUAUCCAGCACUCUAUUGGACUUCCUUCUAAUUGCUCAAUGA